UUCCUUCAAACCAACCCAACCAAAACUAAAAAAACCAAAAAAAAGACGAAAAAGAACGCUCUCUUGCACUUGUCUACUCUCUCUCUCUCUCUCUCUCUCUCUCUCUCUCUCUCUCUGUCCUUCCCAAACACGCCCUCACUCUCUCUAUCUGUCUCUUAAAACUGAAAGGCUAAAGACACACAAACAACUUCUGAUAGAGAGAGAUACAGGGAGAUUGGGAAGCCAAGCCAUUGUUUGGCUGGUUGAUUCAAAAUCUGUCAUUUAUUAUUUUUUCUAAAUAAUUUCUUCUUAUUAUUACUAUGUCCACUCCGACUCCGGGAGCUUCUCCGGCUCCCACUUCUCCGCCGGGGACCAACUCUACCUCUCCACCGCCGCCUACCCCCACCACGGCUCCACCACCCACCACGCCCUCGUCACCACCGCCUGCCACCCCCUCACCACCUCCGACCACCCCUUCCCCUCCACCGGCCACCCCUUCCCCGCCACCCACCACUCCCUCUCCCCCUGGGCCUGUGACCCCAACUCCUUCGCCUCCCGGUGAGAGUCCGCCUCCUACUUCCUCGGCUUCGCCGCCACCGCCGUCGACGCCAACGACGCCAAAUACGCCUACGACGCCCAGCACUCCAGGGUCGUCCCCGAGUCCACCUAGCCGUCCGAACACGCCGGCGACUCCAAGUCAUAGCCCGCCACCGCCGCCUUCAAGCGGGAAGAAUGCUUCGCCGCCAGGAGGGUCGGGGCUGUCAACGGGUGUUGUUGUUGGAAUAGCAGUAGGUGCAGUGGCAAUUUUGGUGGUACUGAGUUUAUUAUGUCUAUGCUGCACCAAGAAGAAGAGGAGAAGACGCGACGAGGAACACUACUAUGUCCCUCCGCCACCUCCUGGGCCUAAAGAUGACAAUUAUGGUGGCCCACCACGACAUUGGCAACAUAAUGCACCUCCACCUUCCGAUCAAGUUGUGACUAUGAUGCCAAAGCCGUCUCCUCCACCAGCAGUUGCAUCACGACCACCUCAUUCUCCAGGAUAUAGUCCUAAACCGCCGCCACCACUGCCAACUUUCACAAGUAGUAGUGCAGGCUCUGGCUCCAACUAUUCAGGAUCUGACAAUCCACUUCCACCACCACCUCCUCCACCAGGCUAUGCUUUGGGUUUCUCUAAGAGCACAUUUUCAUAUGAGGAGUUGGCAUUGGCAACAGAUGGCUUCUCAGAUGCUAAUCUGCUCGGACAAGGUGGAUUUGGGUAUGUGCACAAAGGAGUCCUUCCAAAUGGGAAGGAGGUAGCAGUGAAACAUCUGAAAGCUGGAAGCGGUCAAGGGGAGCGUGAAUUCCAGGCAGAAGUGGAGAUAAUUAGCAGAGUUCAUCACAAGCAUCUAGUUUCACUUGUUGGAUAUUGCAUGGCGGGAGCCCAGAGAAUGCUUGUUUAUGAAUUUGUUCCAAAUAAUACGUUGGAGUUCCACCUGCAUGGAAAAGGGCGACCAACCAUGGACUGGUCUACCAGACUGAAAAUUGCUUUAGGAUCUGCAAAAGGACUUGCAUAUCUGCACGAGGAUUGUCAUCCUAAAAUCAUUCAUCGUGAUAUCAAAGCAGCUAAUAUUCUUUUGGAUUUCAAGUUUGAAGCAAAGGUGGCGGAUUUUGGACUUGCAAAGUUUUCUUCUGACUUCAAUACCCAUGUCUCCACCCGGGUGAUGGGAACAUUUGGGUAUUUGGCUCCAGAAUAUGCUUCAAGUGGGAAACUCACAGAAAAAUCAGAUGUUUUCUCCUUUGGAGUCAUGCUGUUGGAGUUGAUUACUGGACGCCGACCUGUUGAUGCUUCCCACACUUUUAUGGAGGAUAGUUUGGUAGACUGGGCAAGGCCUUUGCUUAAUCGUGCUUUGGAAGACAGAAACUUUGAUGCUUUGGUUGAUCCUAAGCUGCAAAACAAUUAUGACCCCAAUGAAAUGGCUCGCAUGGUCGCUUGUGCUGCAGCUUGUGUGCGUCAUUCUGCGCGGCGUCGACCACGUACAAGCCAGAUUGUCCGUGCAUUGGAGGGAGAUGUAUCUCUUUCUGAUCUUAACGAAGGAAUCAGGCCGGGACAGAGCAACCUGUACAGUUCGUAUGGAAGCUCAGACUACGAUACUAGCCAAUACAACGAGGACAUGAAAAAAUUCAGGAAGAUGGCAUUAGGAAGCCAAGAAUACGGUGCCAGCAGCGAGUACAGUGGACCGACCAGUGAAUACGGUCUAUACCCAUCUGGCUCAAGUAGCGAAGGCCAGACCACUCGAGAAAUGGAAAUGGGAAAGCCGAAGAAAAACAGUCAAGGUUUCAGCGGUACCUCUUAACACACAGCUAAUGGCCAACUUAUCUGUAAAAAGUUUCCAUUCAUACAUUCUAUUCCAAGUCACAUUGAUUGCAAAAGUUUCAUAUUUUGCAUGAGUUAACUUAAAUAUUUUAUUUUUUUCUUCUUUUUCUUUUUGGGUAUUGGAAUUAUCGGUUUUUAUUUUUUUGGGGUUUUACAUUGUAUCUAUUAGUGCCUUAUACAAUACUGGUUCACAAGGAAAGCUUGUUCCAUUCUUUUUCAUGUGCUGCUUCAAUGACUUUUUUCCCCUUCUUGUUUAUAAAUCCAUUGGUGGCUUCUUCUGUUUUAUUAUUGUUA